ACUGUGACUGGUUCCCUCCAGCUCUAACCAGCCUCAGGUGUGUCCACAUCCUGGACCAAUAAGAUGGUGGGGAAGCGUGUGAUUGCCAGCGUGGUGGCGCUGCUUGUAACCGUGGUGAGCCUGUUCCUGGGACUGCUCAUGGGCUUAGGCAGGAAGAACCCACCCCCUCGCUCUGAACAGUUUUUCCUAAAAGCAGCGGUCGCUGCAGAUGCGGGGAAAUGCUCCGAAAUCGGAAGAGACAUAUUGAAGAAAAAAGGCUCUGCGGUGGACGCCUCCAUUGCCAGCUUGCUCUGCGUGGGCAUGUUCAAUGCACACAGCACCGGCAUCGGAGGAGGGGUCUACUUUGUGAUCUACAACGCUUCCACAGGGAAGGUGGAAACCAUAGAUGCCAGAGAGACGGCGCCCAUGAACGCCACAGAGGACAUGUUUGGCAACAACACCCAGCUCUCUCGCACAGGUGGACUGUCCAUAGCCAUCCCAGGAGAGAUCCGUGGGUACGAGAUGGCUCACAGGAGACAUGGCAGGCUGCCGUGGAGGGAGCUGUUCCAGCCCAGCAUCGCUCUGGCUCGCCACGGCUUUCCUAUCGGGAAGGCCCUGGCUCACGCCAUCAUGAAGAGCAAAGACUUCAUUCAGGGAGACGCCAACAUGUGCGAGGUGUUCUGUGACUCUCACAAAAAUGUCCUGAAGGAGAAGGACCUGAUCCGAUUUCCCAAGCUGGCAAAUACGUACCAGAGAAUAGCAGAAGAGGGUCCGGACGUCUUCUACCGAGGGUCGAUGGCCCAGAGCAUCGUCGAGGACAUCAGAGCAGCAGGUGGGAUCAUCACCCUCCGGGAUUUGCUCCAAUACCAGCCGAUACUUCAUGAAAACCCCCUGAAGCUGAGGUUUGGGGAAUACACCAUGUACGUGCCAGACGCUCCCUCCAGCGGUCCGGUCUUGGCACUUAUACUCAACAUACUGGACGGGUACAACCUCACACACUCAAGCGUGGCAACAGCGGAGGAAAAGACGCUAACAUACCAUCGCAUCAUAGAGGCAUUCCGAUUCGCCUACGCCAAGAGGAGCCAACUGGGGGACCCUUGCUACCUCAACAUCACAGACCUCAUCCAAAACAUGACUUCCAAAUAUUUUGCCGACGCAAUAAGAGGCAGAAUCACGGACGACACCACACACCCUGGCAGCUACUACGAGCCGCACUACUACGUCCCAGAUAACCACGGGACGGCUCACCUGUCCGUCAUUGCCGAGGAUGGGAGCGCUGUGGCUGCCACCAGCACCAUUAAUCUCUAUUUUGGAUCCAAGGUCAUGUCCCGCUCAACUGGGAUCAUAUUUAAUGAUGAAAUGGACGACUUCAGUUCUCCAUACAUGAUCAAUGGAUUCGGAGUUCCUCCGUCAGUCAACAACUUCAUCAGACCAGGUAAGAGGCCGCUGUCGUCCAUGUGUCCGGCCAUCAUCUUUGAUGGAGAAAACCGAGUCAAAAUGGUGGUCGGAGCGUCAGGAGGAAUGAAGAUCACCACAUCUACUGCCUUGGUCAUCUUGAACUCUCUGUUCUUCAACUACGACCUAAAGAAGUCAGUGUCGGCGCCGCGGCUACACAAUCAGCUCAAGCCCGACAUGACGGUGGUGGAGCGGGGCUUCGAAAAGGAAGUUCUGGAGGGAUUAACACAGAAGAACCACGUCACGGAGCUGCUAGAGAUCCCAGACUCUGUGGUCCAGGCGGUGGUUCGGCAGGGAGAGCUUCUCUGUGCACAGUCAGACCCCAGGAAAGGAGGGUAUCCUGCAGGGUACUGAAGACAAUAUAGGCUUCCGGAAGCCACAACGGCCGUACCAUCACCGACCUGGACAAGUGGUCUAUACUGAUUCAAUGGAACCUCCGGGACGCUGUGAGGUUCCGCUCACAGAAGAGGGAUCAAAUGAGAAAAAAAAAAAACUGUUUUGCAAGUAAACCAUGACGUUUAAGAACCUGAGUCUGACACCUGUUGAUGUCUCGCAGCUCCCACAGAACAUACCUGCUUGUUUGAAAUGGUUUCAUGUUGAAGACGACAUAUCAGGAGAACUCAGGAACAUGUCAACCAGUUGUAUGACAAAGACCAAUAAUUUACCUAUCAUGUCUGGCGACCUUGAAGUCUCACGUACAGUGCCUCGAUACUUUUUUUUCUUAUUACUUGAUGCAUGUGAAGGACUCACUCCUCUGGUUAUGGU